AUGCAAGUCUCACCUUCCGCCACCUUUGUUCUCCGACGCAACUACUCCACCCGCCAGGUCUUCUCCGGCGACCCCGCCGUGGUCCAACACAUCCUCAAGACCAACUUCUCUAACUACGGAAAAGGCCACGUUUUCAAUCGAACUCUCACCGACUUUCUUGGCCACGGCAUCUUCAACAUUGACGGCGACUCCUGGAAGUUCCAAAGACAAGUCUCUAGCCACGAAUUCAACACCAAAUCUCUCCGCAAGUUCAUUGAAACCGUUGUCGACACUGAGCUCUCCGAUCGCCUCAUCCCCAUUCUCUCCUCAGCUGCCAAACAGGGAACUGUCCUUGAUUUCCAAGACAUUCUUCAAAGGUUUGCUUUUGAUAAUAUUUGUAAGAUCGCUUUCGGGUUCGACCCAGCAUACUUGUUGCCCUCUCUUCCACAGGCCAAGUUCGCCUUAGCCUUUGAAGACGGUGUCAGGAUUAGCAGCGAGAGGUUCUCUGCGGUACACCCAGUCAUCUGGAAAUUCAAGAAGUUGUUGAAUAUUGGGUCAGAAAAGCGUCUCAAAAACGCUAUCUCGGAAGUGCGAGAGUUCGCGCUGAACAUAAUCAAAGAAAAGAAGCAGAGGCUGGGAGAGAAAGAGAGCCUCGAUUCCGUAGACCUGUUGUCAAGGUUCUUGAGCUCCGGCCAUUCGGACGAGAACUUCGUGACAGACAUUGUGAUCAGCUUUAUACUUGCUGGGCGUGACACUACGUCGGCGGCUUUAACAUGGUUUUUUUGGCUUCUAUGGAAGAACCCAGAGAUUGAAUCCAAGAUUCUAAAUGAAAUCAAUGAAAAAUCAGAAGCGCCUGUUUUUGACGAGGUGAAAGACAUGGUGUACACACACGCUUCACUGUGUGAAAGCAUGAGGCUGUACCCGCCAGUUCCGAUUGACUCAAAGGAGGCAGUGAACGACGACGUAUUGCCCGGCGGGACAGUGGUGAAGAAGGGGAUGAGAGUGACCUACUUUCCAUACGCAAUGGGGAGGUUGGAGAUGCUGUGGGGAUCGGACUGGGCAGAGUUCAAGCCAGAGAGGUGGCUGCAGAAGGAGGAAGAAUCAUGGAAGUUCGUGGGGAGAGACCCGUACACAUACCCGGUGUUCCAGGCAGGUCCUAGAAUUUGUUUGGGGAAGGAAAUGGCAUUCUUGCAGAUGAAGAGGGUGGUAGCUGGGGUUUUAAGGAGGUUUGAGGUGGUGCCAGCGUUUGAAGAAGGUGUAAACCAUGAACCGGAGUUUGUUUCGUAUUUGACUUCAAAGAUGAAAGGUGGGUUUCCGGUGAAGAUUGUGGAGAGGGAUCAUCUUCGUCAUGAUGAGACUGAGUCCUGA